ACAGUAUAAGGAUACCAGUAAGAUACUACCACUUCAGGGACAAAGGUAAUGUUAUGAUGUUUUUUACAUACUAUCAGAGUAGCACUAAGCUACUUGGACCACUGUCAGCACUUUGUUGCUACUAGCAAAUUGCUGCUAGAAUGAUGUCAGGAUGUCAGCAUAUUUCUAUGAAGGCAGUACUGAGAUCCUGUUAGGAUACUACUAGGAUACUGCAGAGAUACUGUUGGUUGUGUAAGAGCCCUGGCAGUAGGGUUUCAGUCAGCAGAGCAGCAGCAAAGGGAACGGGGGGCCUGGGGGUGUAACCUGUUGGUAGCCUGGUGCCUCACAGGCACCCUCUCCCCUCAGCUAAGGCGGCACAUCGGUGUUGAGGAGGAUGGAGGCGCCCUUGGUGAGCCUGGAGGAGGAGUUCGAGGAGGGGCCCGGGGACGAUGGGGGGACCCUGCAGCGCCCCGCGGACCCCGCGCUGGCGGAGCUGGAGAGCUUCUCGGCCGAGAUGAUGAGCUUCAAGUCCAUGGAGGACCUGGUGCAGGAGUUCGACGAGAAGCUCACCGUCUGCUUCCGCAACUACGACGCUGCCACCGAGGGCCUGGCCCCGGUGCGGGGUCACCUCCAGGCGCAGGAGGAGGAGGAGCGCCUGCAGGAUGAGGAGGUCUGGGAUGCUCUCACUGAUGGCUUUGCCCCCCGGAGCUCCCCCCGGCCGUGGCUCCCUGGCACUGAGGCCCCCGACGGCACCAACCCCCAGCUCGGUGGGAAGGAGGAGGAGGAGGAGGAGGAGGAGGAGCUCACUGAGAGGAGUGAGCAGGACUCGGGCAUCAACGAGGAGCCGCUGCUGACAGCUGAGCAGGUCAUCGAGGAGCUGGAGGAGCUGAUGCAGAGUUCACCUGACCCUGAGGCUGACCCCGAGGGUGAGGAGGAAGAGGAGGAGGAGGACGAGGAGGAGGAAACUGAGGCUGAUGCUGAAGGCGAAGGAGGUGGCGGGGGCACAGAGCCCAUCCUGCUGCGGGAGCUGCGGGCUUUCUCCCCUGCCCUCAACAACAACUGCUCCCACGAAGGGCUGGGCCGGCUGUCGGCACGGUGAGCUUCGGGCGCGCGCGGGCCGGCGGAGGUCGUGCGAAGCCGGUCGCUGUGCGAGCUGUGCGACAGGCUGGCACGGCGGACGAGCUGUGCCUUCGAGAAGGAGGUAAGAACGGCGUCAAUCGGGGCCCUGCUGGCCGUGCAGGGCGAGCAGCGGGAGCUAGCCGAGGCACGCCCGCGCCGACGCGACAAGGGGCUGAGCCUCAGGGGCGAGCGUCCCGACCGCGGGAACCACAUCCCGAGGCAUCGCUUCAGCAUGGAGGGCAUCUCCAGCAUCCUGCACUCCGGCCUGCGCCAGACUUUUGGUCCUGCCGCCAACGAGAAGCAGUACCUGAACACGGUGAUUCCCUACGAGAAGAAGGGCUCACCACCCUCCGUCGAGGACCUGCAGAUGCUCACCAACAUCCUGUUUGCCAUGAAGGAGGGGAAUGAGAAGGUGCCCACACUGCUCACGGAUUACAUCCUCAAAGUGCUCUGCCCGACCUGACGCGGCGCUGCCCUCGCACCCCCACCCCGGCGCCCCCCAAAACGGGGCCAAACCCGAGGAAAACGGGUCGCCCGGGCCCCCCCCCUGCACUCCUCCCUUUGCACAGCUGGGAAUAAAGGAUUCCUUACAUUAAUUAGGCAACUGG